AUGGCUUCUGCUGGUAUCCCCGAGGUGAUGAAUGAAACCACUUUCUUUCACUGCAAACCCAACCAAUAUGGAACAUCGACUGCGCUGAUUUUCAUGAUCAUUGAGAUGAUAGUGGGCUUGCCAGGCAACAUAGCAGCCAUGUGGAUUUUUUAUUUCCACAUGAAGUUCUGGAAACCCCACACUCUCUAUCUCUUUAAUCUGGUUCUAGCUGACUUCCUGCUCCUCAUCAGCGUGCCUUUCCGUAUCGACACUCACCUGAAUGGGGACAAUUGGAUGUUUGGACAGGUCUGGUGCCGCAUCAACCUCUUCAUGCUGUCUGUCAAUCGCUCUGCUAGUAUUGCAUUCAUGACAACUGUGGCACUGGAUCGUUACUUUAAGGUGAUCCACCCACAUCAUAGCAUCAGCCGUAUGACCUUAACUCAGGCAGGGAAGAUUGCAGGCCUGAUCUGGAUUUUGGUGAUUGCCCUUCGGAUUCCGUUGUUGACCAUCAACCUCCUGCACCAGCAUGACAACCUUGCCCUGUGUCGCAGCUUUAGCUCUUACGAAGUACCUCCUUUGGUGAUAAAGGUGCACUAUGUGGCCUACAUUGCAGAGUUCUUCCUGCCCUGGUUCAUGUUGCUGUUCUGCUCGGUCCGGAUUACCAGCUACCUGCGCCAACGGCAGAUGAACCAGCAGAAGAGCAUGUGGAGAGCCAUCCUAGCAAUAGGGGUGAUCAGUUUGGUGUUUACCAUCUGCUUCCUGCCAGCUAUAGUCACAGGCCUGGGUGGGAUUUACAUCAAGACGUUCUACCCCGAGGACUGCACAUCCUACACACGGAUCACCCAGCUCUUUAUGGUGUCUAUCAGCUUCACCUACCUGAACAGCGCAUUGGACCCUGUCAUCUACUGUUUCUCCAGCUCCAUGUAUCGUGACGCCCUCAGGAGCUCCAUGAGUCACCUGUGCUUCGUGAAGAAGAAUGUCAGACCAACAAGCAGCGUUGCCAAUAACUGCUGAAAGGUGACUGAAUUAUCUAUAGCCCCCUUUCUUGUAAGGGUUUAUCUCUAGACAACAGACAAGUCAGUGAGAGUCAGUGUUAUCAAGAUUA